UGAGUGCACUAUGAAAGGAAUCUGUGGUAAUUUUUCAGUAUGUAACAAUACAGAAGGAAGUUACACAUGCACAUGUCAGCAAGGAUUCCAGUUAAAGUCUGGAAAGGGUCAUUUCACUGAUGUAGCCACUUCUGGAUGUGUAGAUGUUGUUAAGUGCGGUAUAGUGGGAAUCUGUGGUAAUUCUGCAGUAUGUAUCAGUACAGAAGUAAGUUACACAUGCACAUGUCAGCAAGGAUUCCAGUCAAACUCCAGAAAGCAUGAUUUCACUGAUGUAGCCACUUCUGGAUGUGUAGGUAUUUGUGUUAAUGAAAAUUAUACCAUGACUAAUGAGACGGAUCUGUUUUCAGUUUUUGACAAUUGCUCGAAGGAAUGUGCGAAAGAAACAAAUGGUAAAAAAUGCUUUGCUGCCUUCUUGGGUGCUAUGGAAAAUAUGAUAAUGCUCCUUGCACAUAAAUUGAAGAAGCCUAUGUAUAAAAAAACGGACUCAUUUGAAGUGAGCCUGGAGGUGAUAACCAAACAACAGUUUUCAAAUGACAUCAUAACUCUGAAUCAGACACAUGUAGAUGUUAGUAUUAAGGGGAACACAGUUGCUGGAAAUGAACAAGCAGAUUAUGCUGCUGCUGCACUUAUUACUUAUAAAGAUAUUUCAGCUAAUAUGCAGCCAGAAAGUGGUGAUGGAACAUAUGAAGAGGAAAAUAAAAAUUACACAGAUGUGCACCACAUGUAUACAGACUAUGACGAUGAAGACUACAAGCUGAAAAAAGUUGAAUUAGUCUCCAGAGUAAUAAGUGUGACCAUCAGUAAUAUAAACAGACAUAACCUAUCCAAUUCUGCAAGCAUAACAUUUAAACAUUUACAGGUAACUCAAGUUAAUCUAUUCUUUAUAUGA